AGCUCGGACUUUCGGGUGGGUGAAAUUUCACCCGCUCGAAAUGCUUUGUGACCGUCGCAUAUCAAAACAAAUUCCUCCCUCCGCAGCUCCUCCUCCCUCGCAAAAACUUCUCACGGUCGCACCAGAGGCCGCUCUCACCAUCGCCGCUCCUCUGCCGAAAAAGCAGCAUCCUCCACGGCCACGGUCGCCGCUCCUCCGCUGGUUCGCCAACGCCACAGUCGCCGCUCUCAAGCAGCACAAACAUGGUGGCACGUUCCGGAAGGAGGGGACAUGUACAAAGAAUAAUUCAGCAAGGGCAAUAGAGUGGUUGGUGUUCUAUGGUCAAACAAGAGAGACAGUGGCCUGUGGUUUGCACCGGCAGAGUGGAGGGAAUGCCGGCUCGGCAUCCAAAUGUUGCCAAUCUUGCCAAUUACAGAGGUGUUGUUCAGUAAUGCUGAUUUUGUGAAGCAAUUGGUGAACUGGGUCGUGCCUGUUUUGGGCAGCGAUGGUGUUGGUGAAGGGUGGAAGGGAUUUGCAUAUGCCAUGGAGGCUAUCUAUGACAAGGAGAGCGCACUGCAGAAAAUAAGAACCUUGAAUCGGCAUGAUGAUAGAAAUUCCUUGACCAACUUGUUAUGGUGGGCUUACAGUAGGAGGGAUGGGGAUGACUCAGGGUGGAAGUGUUGUUGGUUUAGUCAUGGCCAUUGAAGGUGCAAGGGUGAAAGAUGAUAUGUCGAUGCAUUCUUCCAUGGCUUCUUGCAUCUGAAAAUGGCUUUAAUUUAAUUUUUAGCAUUUGGUUGUGGUGUACCUUAUAACUUGAGGAAAUAAAACCAUUACAGGCUCUUUUCUAUAUAUGCUAAUGGCCGUGUGAUCUACACAUAUAGGUGGUGAAAGGCAACUGCCAACUAUUGUCGUUUCUCCAUGUAUA